AUGCCUCGCGCGCCCGCUCCGGCCGCCGUGCUCGCCGCCGCGCUCGCACUGCUCGCCGCGCUCGUCGCUUGCGUGGAGGAAGAAUGCAUCGACUGGGAGGGCAAGUCCGUGCCCCACGGCCUGCUGUAUGUGCCCGGGCCCGGAGUAUGUUCCCUGUGCGUGUGCUACCACUCUGAGCCGAUGUGGUGUAAAGCCAUCUACUGCGACCCGCCGUAUUUCUGCAAGAACUUCAGGGUCGGCGAGCGAUGCUGCGAGUUCGAGUGCCUGGACCCUCCCGGGGAGGACACGCGGUACCGGGAACGGCAGCGUCUCCGAGCCCUCAUCCUGGCUGGAAACUCCUCGGCUCCCCACACGGGACCCUCCGUCAAGCUUAAAGCUGGCAUCUCGCUCCUCGCUGUAGCAGUCGCUAGAUUCGUAUGAAAUCCGACCACAGAUUAGGUUGAACUAAUUGGAAAUGAUUGAGCUAACUCCAUUCGACGUUUGGUUCUCAGGCUACACUUUAAAACAAAGCUGAUGUUAGUCUGUUAGCGUCGAUUACCUUUUACAGAUUGGGUAGCACGAUCCAAUGAACAGUUGUGACAAAUAUAUUUCAUUUAAAUAGG